AUGGAAUCGCUUUUGGUAAAUCUCAAGAAACAACUUACUUGUUCGAUUUGCCUCGAUACCUACACCGAGCCUAAAACUAUAUCAUGUCUUCACACGUUUUGCUGUGAAUGUUUGGCGAAACAUGCAAGAGUGAGCCAGAAAAAGGGAAAAUUCCGAUGUCCCGAGUGUCAGGCAGCGAUCGAUUUACCAGAAGGAAAUCGCUUCGACCGUUUGCCCAACAGCUUUUUUCAUAACAAUUUGUUGAGUCUUCUCGCUGUUCGACAGACUGAUGAUGCAAGUAGCAUUAAUUGUUGUCAAUGCGGUGCAAACAACUCUCAGAUGUACUACUGCUUCGAUUGCGGACGAUUCAUGUGCCCUGGUUGUUUUAACGCACAUGAAGUGCUCAAGAAAUCUUUUCAAGGACGCAAAGUCACGCCACUUCAAGACUUCAAAACAGAAGAUUACGAAGCAUUGUUAAGGCGACAACCGUUUUGUUCUCAACAGUUCCACGAAAGAGAAAUUGCACGGUUUUUUUGCUCGCAGUGUCAAGUUUGCAUUUGUCAAAUUUGCAUAGUCACGGAUCAUGAAAACCAUAAAGUUGUUGGGCUCGACAAAGCAGCACACGAGGAAAAGGAUAACAUCAUGUCGGACGCUAAAUUGAUCAAGGAAAUGGAAAGUGAGCUCCGGGAAGUCAUAAAGCAGUUUGAAGAAACCAUUUCUAAGCUAAAAAGCAAUAUGGUAACGGCUAAGCUAAGUGUCAAGCAAUCAGCUGAACAAAUGAUCGCAGAUAUUCGAGAGCGCGAGCGAGAGGCAUUGGAAUCCAUCGAGGUAACACACGUGUCGAGACUCUCUAAAAUUAACUCGGUUAAACAGGAAGUGGAAUUCUUGGUGAAACAAAUGAACCAAGCAGCUCAGUUUGCGGAAAACCUGGUGCAGAGAACCUCAAGCUCGGAUAUUAUGCAGAACAAAGAAACUAUAAGGACUAAAUUUGAAGAGCUUCUGCGAGUUGAAGUUCCAAAACAUCAGCAGACGACAUUUAUCAAAUUCGUUGCGGCAUCUCAAAAGGACGUAAAACUGGGUUUUAUUGAGGUCACUGAAGACUCUGCAAAGGCAGCUAAAUCAACUUUAGAAGGACUGGAUCAAACUUUCCAGGCUGGUGUAGAAGCAGAGUUUACGCUAUGUCCAAAGACAUCUGGAGGAGAGAUAAGUAACGAGGCUGAUCUUAAAGGUCGAGUUGAACUGUUAAUUAAACCUGUCAGGGAUGUUACAGACGUGAUUGUUGAAGAGAAAGAAGACAGCAAACUCAGAUUGAAGUUUACUCCCAAAGUACCCGGCGCCUAUAAUAUAAAGGUGAAGAUUAAUGGCGAUAAACUACCAACCUGUCCCAUGACUGUGCAGGUAAAAGAACGUGAACUUGUUGUGGUCGGUGAGUUGGAGGUAGAGCUCUUUCGAGGGAACACGCUUGAAUGGUUAUAUGGAAUUGCUGUGAAUAAAUAAGGCCAGAUAGUUGUGACAGAUAACCUUGGCAACUGUGUCUAUAUUUUUGAAAAAGAUGGCAGCUGUUUGAGAAAAAUUGGAAGCAAGGGUAGCAAUACAGGAGAAUUUCAGCACCCUGAGGGCAUUUCGUUUUUAAAUGACAACGAAGUCCUAAUUGCAGAUUACGGCAAUAAUAGAAUACAACGACUUAAUAUUCCCACAGGAACCAUGGUGAAAAGUUUUGGAAGAAAAGGCAAAGAAAAAGGAGAGCUAAAUAAUCCAGUAGACGUUACUGUGGAUGAUGAAGAACGCAUUAUUGUAACCGAGUGUGGAAAUCAUAGGAUACAGGUGAUGUCAAAGGAAGGAGAAUCCAUUUUCACAUUUGGAGACAAAGGCCCAGAGAAACUCCAU